CUGCAGCUUAGUCAACCAAUUCAUCCGCAAGAACCACAUUUUCCCAAUUUGGUGUUCAAAUGAACAUUUAAGGGAAAUGCGAUGUCUCGACUCGUUAAGAAAUCCCCAGCGCUUUGCACGGAUCAACCAUUGGAAAACAGUGACAUUUUGAACAAGCUUCAUCUUUUGGGUCAGCUUCUCAGAUCUUGUUAUGGUCCCUCGGGUAGACUGAAACACAUUCAUAACAACAUCGGAGGACAAGUUGUGACCACCUCAACAUCAUCAGUGCUACUUCCAGCCAUUUAUUCAUCAACACCGUUACUAAAUCUAAUUUUAGCCUCUGUUCGCAGUCACGUAUCUCGUUUUAGUGACUGCGGGUUGUUUGCAGCUAUACUUUGUGUGACUCUUAUUGAAAAAGUCAAAGUGUCUGGUCUAGGACAAAAUGAAGCUGUCAGGAUAAAUAAACACCUUUUGGGUCUGUGUACCGAUUACCUUCACCAAGAAGCGUGUGGUUGUAAAGUGAAGCUCGACUUUUGCAGUAGCCAAAACUUAAUCAAGUUGGCUGACAGUAUUCUCUGCAGCAAACCAGCCAGUAUGCUAACAGAGUAUGAAGCAUUUCACAUCAGCAAGUUGGCAGUGCAAGCCUUUUUACUAACUGUACCGUCUAACAGCUCUGGUACAGUAACUCUGGGCAAGACAGUAAUUGUGUCCAUUGAGGGUGUUUCUGUAAUGGAAUCUGCAGUGUUUCCAGGAUUAUUAAUUGACAUUCCAGAUGGUUUUGAGAGCUUGGAGUUGAUGACUCAACCAUGCGAACCACUCCGUGUGGUAUUGUUCAGCACAUCCCUUGCUGGUGACCUUUCUGAAAUAGGGGAUGGACCGAUUGAGGUCCAAUACGGCGUUGACAUGGAAUCUCAGAUCCUGGAUCACCUCCUCGAUAUGGGCAAACAGGCAUUGAAAGAUGAUGUGAAGCUAUGUGUUUGUCAGAAGGUUAUCCAUCCAGUUCUGCAGCAAUACCUAAGGAGUCACGGCAUCAUAGUCGUGGAGAGGGUGGGAAUUAAUCUCAUGGAGCCGCUUACUCAACUCACAGGGGCUCAACCUGUGGCGACAUUACACACGACAAUCCCACACAAGGCCUAUGGAAAAGUGAGGAACGUAACCUCAAGACAUUUUGGAUCCAAGACUAUGCUGCAUUUAUAUCCUGCUGAGGAGUCUGUGAUUUGUACCACAGUCCUCUGUCACAGGAAUGAGACCAUGUUAAAUGAAUUGAAGGUGGCAUUUCAGAAGACGGAACACGUGCUACGACUUACCCUGAGGGAACCGUUUGCUUUACUUGGAGGCGGGUGCACCGAGACCCACUUAGCUGCUUACAUCAGACAUCAAUGUGCCGCCACAUCAAGCGCAUCAGUGUUAGGUUGCCUGCAAACGGAGUACCUUCUUGGCGUGGAGGCUUUCUGCAGCUCUCUUGAGUCGGUGGCUGCAGCACUACAGCAUGACACUCGGGAUUCUCUCAUUGAUCUGACUUUUGCUCACCACUGGACUCUUCCAAAAGAUGUGACACAAGAGGACAUUGAGAGUUUCGACAGCAAGUGUGGCUGUGGGCUGAUGAAGAGUAACCAGACUAAGAAGUGGUGUCACUUGAAUACUAAAUAUGCAGUCUUCUCACCUGCAUCCUUGUCUCGAGAUGGAGCUGUUCAUGUCGAUGUGAUUGACUCCUUCACAGCAAAACUAAAUGCUUUACAAGUCGCUAUAGAAACUGCAAAUGUUGUCCUCGAUAUACGAUAUACAAUACAAGAUAAGAACUGACGAAAAAUAUUAAGAGUGGUUUAUGACAACAAAACUACACCCUGGACUCGCCACCAGUUGAUCACAAACCGCAUAGAGAUUCAAAUGCACGAUCACUGAGUUGGAGAUGCUUCAAGCACGUACCACUGCGAGGAGACCUCAUGGAAGAAUCAGGACACGUUGGCUGACCUGGGAACAUCUUCAAAUUCCCCCCAGAAUAGCUGGACAAAGUGGUUGGGGAGAGGGCUUCAUUGCUAAAACUGCUGCCCCCACGACUUAACCCCAGAUAAGUGGAGGGAAAUGCAUGGAUGGACCUUAUAGUACAACACGUGUUUUCCCCUUCCCUUUUAAUUCAAAGCAAUACAAGUACAGGAGGAAAAUUUAUAUUAUGAACUAUCAAUUUACAAAACAUUAAAAACAACUUCUGGUUUCCUAAGAAGGACAUGAAAAUUGUUUUGGUUUAUCAACUAAAUGUGUGCCGUAAGAUUGACUGAAUAUGGGGAAAAAUGGAACAUUUACUUUGCAGAGUUUCAACGCUCAUUGUUUUCCCAGACCUUGCCUGAGGCCCCUUAGUUAACUAACCAUUUACAUAAAUGCCAGAGUAGCAAAAUUGCAUCAAGCAACACUUACAGUAUGCCUUUAUCGCUAAUCAUUUUCAAGCCAGAACCUUUUGAAGCAUCAAAAGUGAAUGUUUUAUCCAAAAAUACCUGUGAGGCAAGGCGUAUCUAUCCUACAAGGGAAAUUGACUUAAAAGUUACAGUAUGGUUUAGAUCUUUCCAAGUGACAGACUGUAAAUGUAUUUAGCUCUUACUGUCAGCAAUACGCUUUUAACCAGUAAACCAGCUUUUAAACAUGAACAAAAUAAAAGUAGCAAAUUCUGCAGCCCUUUCUCCAUUAUCACAAUUUCUCAAAGUAAAUAUGGAAUGAGAGCCUUUCGUGACUUGGGGUAGUCCUUGAAUUUACCCUUGUAAAACCUAAAAA